UAACGCGGAUGUGGCUGGUCGGCUAGCGCGGCACAGCCAGUGCCACUGCGGGCGUGCUGUCCUGUCCUGUCCCGCCAUGGACUCGUACCAGCUGGAGCGCAGGCUGCGCCGGCCCGUCGUCCUCGCCUACAAGAAGCGGGGAGACAGGGACUACAUCGGCUUCGCGACUCUGCCGGAGCAGGUGCACCGCAAGUCGGUGAAGCGCGGCUUCGAGUUCACCCUGAUGGUGGUGGGCGAGUCGGGACUCGGCAAGUCCACGCUCGUCAAUAGCCUCUUCUUGUCCGACCUAUACAAGGAACGGCGCGUGCCCGAUGCCAACGAACGCAUUGAGAAGACAACUAGCAUUGAGAAGAAGACGAUGGACAUUGAGGAGCGAGGUGUGCGGUUACGACUGACUGUUGUUGACACGCCAGGAUUUGGAGAUGCAGUGAACUGUGAAGACAGCUGGCGUGCAUGCUGCAACUAUGUGGAUGAACAGUUCCAACAAUACUUCAGGGAUGAAAGUGGUUUGAACAGGAAAAACAUACAAGACAACAGGGUUCACUGUUGUCUCUACUUUGUACCACCUUAUGGCCACGGCCUGCGGCAGCUGGAUCUGGAGUUUCUGAGGAGACUUCACAGAAAAGUGAAUAUUGUGCCUGUUAUUGCCAAAGCUGACACUCUUACUGCAAAUGAGGUUCGCAGGCUCAAGGAGAGGGUAAUGGCCGAUAUUGAGGACAACAAAAUACAGAUUUAUCAGUUUCCUGAUUGUGACACUGAUGAAGAUGAAGAUUUUAAGCAACAGGAUAGAGAACUGAAAGCCUGUGUUCCAUUUGCUGUAGUUGGAAGCAACACUGUGCUAGAAGUAGCAGGAAAGAGGGUCCGGGGAAGACAAUAUCCCUGGGGUGUGGUGGAAGUUGAAAAUCCAAAACAUAGUGACUUCAUUAAACUACGAACAAUGCUUAUUUCUACCCACAUGCAGGAUCUGAAAGAUGUGACACAAGAUGUUCACUAUGAGAACUUUCGUGCACAAUGCAUUUCUCAGAUAUCGCAGCAGGCAAUCAGAGAGCGGAGCAAACUGAAGAGAGAUUCUGGUCCCGCAUAUGAACCGGUAACCAUCAGCGACACUGAUCGUCUCCUUUUACAAAAGGAUGAAGAGAUUCGGCGCAUGCAGGACAUGCUAACACAAAUGCAAGAGAGGCUAAAGGCCACAGGUGCAAGCCCGAUGUUUCGUCAAAUGAGUCCAGGUCGGCAGUCGUCUCAAGAACCACAAGACAGUGUUGUUAAUGUCUGAAACUGAAGAUGAUAAUUUGUGUAUUUAAAUAAUCAAAUAUUUUGUGUUGAAGAUUUUGUAUGUAGAAUUGUUCGACUGUUUUAUAUGUAUACAUGUCAGCUUUGAAUGGAUUGUACUCAGUUGUUAUGUAAAGAAAUAUUUAUAAUUUUUUAUUUCCUUUUAUGUUACUUGUAAGAAGAGGCUAUCAGUUGACCAAUUGCCAAUGGAUGAGAAGAGUAUAGUUAGUUAAUUCAAAUAGCAAGUAUACAUAUUGUGUCAGUGUUCUUUGACUGGAAGUGAUACACAGCAAGCAGAGACCUCAAAUAACUGAAAAUCUAUAAUACGAUGAAACGUCCUGUCUUCCUCCUCCCUUUUCACCUUUCACUUCAUUUUUAGUUAAUGUUAUAAUCUUUAAAAUGGCACACUGAAAGAUUUGUUGGGAUAAAACAUUGUGACUUGUAAAUAGGAAAGGAAACUGUUGCGACUUGUAAAUAGGAAAGGAAAGUGUUCAGUCAAAUGCAUAAAAGCCCAAUUUAACAAUAGAAUAAUACAGAUCACAAAUAUCUCUCCUUCAGUUAGCAAAUACUCUCUCUCUUAAACAAGACAGAAAGUAUAUAUUUCGACUUUCAGAAAUUGCCUACAAGAUCAAAUACAUCCCCACCUCCCUCAGUGUGUGCACGCACUUGAAAACUACCUGUGCACAAUCCUGUGGAAAGUGCUGUGAUAAGACUCUAGGCAGUCUUAUUUAAGAAAGCUUUGAUGGAGGAAGCUUUAUUUUGCAUUUUAUCCAGUCUCAUAUUCCAAUUUUUUCUCAUUCAGCUUAUGGAAUGAAGAUUGUAUUUAUAUGGAAACAAGCCCUGUUGUCGAUGAAAAAAAUGAGAAUAACAACGAAGUAUUUCCUUUUUUGGUGAUUAUAUCAUGUUAAGCCAAGCACUAGUAGAGUUCAGUUAAUUUAAGAAAAGACAAAAGUUUCUGAAUAUUUUUUGCCGCUUCCAUUAGACUGACUUUCUUAUGAUCUCAGGAUCAGAGAUAAGGCCUAUAAGUAAGAACAUUAUAUUUCUUAAAGUUGAAAGUUCGUUGAUCAGCGGAUUAUCUGAUAAAAAUCUGUCAAAAUAACUGUUCCAUGUUGUUUAUAUUUUGUUUUCAUUUGCAUGCUCUAAACUUCUCUUGUUAGCAGCACAUCAUCAAUAUUCAAGAAUCUGAAUCUCAACUAUUCCACCACAGUUUCCUCUCUUAAUGCUCACCUGCAACCAGCUUGUCUCAGUUUGGAUUUUGGUGAACCUUUCUUUCCACCAAUUUCAUUCAUUCUUCUCCUUGAAUUUCAGAAUAAAAUCGAGUUGUUAGUUGUGCAAUGGACAACUGGAUUUUAUUUUGAAAUAUAAACCAUAGUUGCUGAGAAAAUAACAGCCAUGAAUGAAACAUAUUAC